GAUGAAGGGCGCACAAUUUGCCGUGAUAUUGGUGGGAAUUUUGUUCACCCUGGGAGGAGCAUUCAGCUUCUUCCCGCAUUUUGGUCAUCGUAGCAAUGACAUGAUGCAAGUUGACAGCAGUGCUGUCUCAACCUUCGAAGGCGUCGAAGGCGUCGGUCUGCAACAUCUCGAGGCUCGCAGGAGCAGAGGUUCUCGCACCUCCCGGAAGAGGCCCGCAAGGCCUGCGAGGAAGCGACCGGCAAAAAAGAAGACGACCAAAAAGAAGAAAACACCCAAAAAGACCACAAAGAAGAAGGGUACUAAGAAGCCCACGAAGACUAAGAAAUGCACUGCUGCAAUGAAGAAAGCGGGCAAAUGUAAGACUACUGCCAAGUGCACCGCUGCUAUGAAGAAAGCUGGAAAGUGCAAGACGGCCACCAAAUGCACUGCGGCGAUGAAGAAGGCUGGAAAGUGUCCCGCUACACCAACCAAAUCCCACGCUCCAACUAGUACGUCCGCAGCAGCAUGUAAAUUCAGUCCGAAGCCCAAAGCCGGUACCGCAGGCGCCAAAGGCGGCAAAGUCAACAAAAAGCUGCAAGCCCGCAUCGACCCCGACCCGUGUCGCCCCGCCGACGAAAACGAUAAGAUCAUGAUCGAGAACUUCAAGAUUGCCCAAAGAGCAGCAAGGAAGAAGGGAGAAACACUCAAGGACAAACGAAUGUACCUCUUCCUCGUGAAGCAAGGGCCGACGGUUGGAGCCAAGCACCACGCCGUCGUUGUCGGUAAAGUCAUGAAGGUCGGCAACCAGCUCGGCAUGGAGGCGACUAUGCAGCAGCUUGGGAAACCUACAGACCAGAACGGCAAUGCAGUGAGACAUCCCAACGCGAAGGUCUUCUGUGGCUCUGCUGUGGGUGGCGUGUGCAAUACCGGCCCGUACCGUAGGAUUGAGUGCGGCAGGAUGCAGGGCAAAUACAAGUUCGUCAGCGGUGCAGCCGUCGAGUUCGCCGACCCAGAGCACUUCAUCCAAAAAGGCGAGGAAGUCUUCAUGGCCGAGAAACCGUACAACGUCCUGACAUGGAACUGCCAAAUCUACGCAAAGAAGCUGAUCAACGUCACCAAGCUCCAGCCUGGGCAGAUUGUCGAGCUUACAAACGAGCAGGCUAAACCGAGUCGACCGCAGGGCACCUGGUCUGACUCUGACUCUGACUGGGAUUCGGAUGACGGCAUGUGGAAUGGGGGUAUGGGAGGUUUCCGCGUAAUCAAUGCGGAUCCGGAGCCAUUUGAUCCAAACACGAACAAUGGGGACAGGUUCGAGAUAGAUUAAAGUGGACUCAAGUAUACGUGUAAGGUAUUGAGGAGAGCACUCUAUUUUCUAGUGCCGCUAGUAUAGUGACCAGUGGAGAUUAAGAAAUUCCAACCCAAU